AUGCUGACCUUCACCACCACAGAUAUGCUCUUCACCGGCAGCGGCGAAGCCUUCAACGUCGGAGCAUUCCUAGAAUCGGUGUCGCCGUAUGCUUGGGCGGACUUGGGUAUAUCACUGUGCAUCGGCCUCUCAGCUGUAGGAGCAGCAUGGGGUAUCUUUAUCACCGGAUCCUCGAUUCUCGGUGGAGGUGUAAGGGCGCCGCGUAUCAGGACGAAGAACUUGAUUUCCAUUAUCUUUUGCGAGGUCGUCGCCAUUUACGGCAUCAUUAUGUCCAUCAUCUUUUCCGCGAAAAUGAACGGCCUAGAAGGGGCCCAGUUGUACGAUGACAGCACUUAUUACACUGGCUAUGCUCUCUUCUGGGCAGGCUUAACGGUGGGCAUGUGCAACCUCAUUUGUGGCGUGGCUGUUGGCAUCAACGGUAGCGGUGCUGCCCUUGCAGAUGCUGCCGACUCAACUCUGUUUGUGAAGAUCCUGAUCAUCGAGAUUUUCAGCUCUGUCCUCGGCCUUUUCGGCCUGAUCAUUGGCCUCCUGGUCUCCAGCAAAGCCUUUGAUUUCGGAGCCUAA